AACACUGGUCCCUCCUCCAACCCUUCCUGAUUGCCUGACCCAUGCAUUUUUGUCACUGUGUCAUUUGCCUCUGAAGAAGUCUUUGACAUCUUAUAUCAGGCCUCUCAAAUAUUUGAUGAAGCCAUCAAAGAAGUGGCAGACGCGUGAAUUGGGUUAGAAUAAAGUUGGCGGGAAUUUCAACGAACAAAGACGAGGGAAGUGGUUAAAAGGGGAAGGGUUGGCCCUCUCGACCCAUCUUGCACUUACACUGCUGAAAGCCAUCAUCGUCAUAAUCAUCUAGCGUACACCAUGUCGCGAUAUUUUUUCAACAAGAACUUCAAUGCCGAGGAGGAGUGGGUGAGACUGUAUGCCCUUGUGGGGAACGACCCGAUGUGGGGACAAGCCGUCCCGCACGCACCUCUUGCAGCACCUGCGUAUCAUCCGAGUUGGGAAAUGGAUCCUGCCCAAGAUGCUCAACAUCGAGAGGCUGAAAUCAUUGACCUCACCUUGUCCGAUGACGAUGACGACGAGGUGUUUGAACCAUUAGGCCUAUCACCGAUCCCACCGCCCAGCCUGGCUCUCGCUCUGCCUCAGACUCCACCGCCAAGCCCAGUUCCCGCUCCCGCACAAGUUGCCCCGGCACAGAAUCCACCCUUCCUACCGCCCAAUGACGACCUCUUCACGGAGGUUUCAAUUUUAUUAUAUAUUUUUAUUUCUAAAUAUUUAAAAUUAAUGCUCCCCAUAUAUAUGGACCGUAGAUGUGAGGGGUGUAUCUUAGAUUACCCCUCACAAAAAAAACAUAGUUGCAUGUCAGAAACGAAAGAAAACCUUUUAAAUUGGUAUGUAGAAGAUAUGCAAGAGGACCUCUGUGACAACAGACAUGAAGAAUGCCUGGAUACAUGGUUGUUAGAAGUCAAACACAAUGAAGAAUUACAGAUGUAUAAUAGAAAUCCCGAUAUGGCCAUUCUCGAUUUGUACCAUUUCUUGUGUAGCGAAUUGCAGCAAGAGGAAAAAUUAGACAUUUUAAAACAGUUCAUUUUACAUUAUUAGGAUUUUUUUCUUCAAGGCUGUUUCCACAAAGAUCCUUGUUUUGCUUCUUUUUUUUUUUUGGAAUGUGCUAACCCUUGUUUUGUAGUUUUUCACAGUAGUAAUAUUUUGAUGAGGGGAUUUACUUUUUAUUAAAUUGCGUAUUUGUUCUGUUUUUUAUAACUGUUUUAUAAAAGUUUGAUUCCUUUAAAUGUUUGUAGUUUUUAUUCCUUUUUAAUGUGUGUGAU